UUUCUCUAUAUAAAGGGCAUGAAUCAUAUUUUCAAAAGAAUAUCUUGUCGUUGUCAUUGUACAUGUCCAUGUCAUAAAUGAAUUGGGCAGCAACACAUGCUACCCAUCCCAACCCUAAAAUUAUUAAGAGCUCUCUUCAUAUAUUGUUUCUUACAAUCUGACUCUGAGUAACAAUCAACUGAUCAGAAAUAUGAAGUCAACAAUAGUCUUGUACCCAGCACCAGCCAUAGGACACCUAAUCUCCAUGGUUGAGCUUGGAAAGCUAAUACUCACCUUCAAACCAUCACUCUCCAUUCACAUCAUCAUCUCCACUGCUCCUUACAACUCCGGUGACACUGCUCCUUACAUCGCCACAGUCUCCGCAACCAUUCCUUCUAUCACCUUCCAUCACCUCCCACAACCCACCUCUUUCCCUCCAUCCAUCUCAGACUCUUCGCUCCACCAUGAGAACAGCCUCUUCGAACUCACCACCUUCAACAAGUCAGCCGUACACCAAGCUCUCACCUCCAUAUCCAAAAACUACACCCUCCACGCUUUUAUCAUCGACUUCUUUUGUGCUGAAACACUCACUGUCUCUGUUCAACUCAAAAUCCCCUGUUUCAUAUUCUACACCUCAUCGGCUUCUGACUUAGCUGCCUUUCUUUAUUUGCCCACCCUUCACAGAAAUUCCCAGAAGAGCUUCAAAGACCAAAAUACCCUCCUCCAUAUUCCUGGAGUUCCGCCUCUGCUGUCUUCUGACAUGGCGAAGCCUUUGCUCGACCGCCGUGACAAGGCCUAUGAUAGUUUUCUUGCAUGCGCGGCUAAUUAUUUAUGUGAAUUUACAGGAAUCAUUGUGAACACCUUUGAGUCACUUGAGCCGAGAGCCAUCAAAGCCAUGUUAGACGGCUCUUGCGUCCCUGAAGGCCGUACUCCUCCGAUCCAUUGCAUCGGACCGUUGAUCCUUACCAAAGAAGGAAAACGAAAUGUACGGUCCGAGUCACUUACUUGGCUCGACUCACAACCGAGUCGAAGCGUCGUCUUCCUCUGUUUCGGAAGUCUGGGGUCGUUUACGGUUGAGCAAUUGAGAGAAAUAGCCCUUGGAUUGGAGAAGAGCGGGCAAAGGUUCUUGUGGGUGGUGAGGAGUCCGGUCAGCGUGGCUAACUCGGGUCUUCCCGACCCGGAUUUAGACUCGUUGCUACCGGACGGGUUCUUGGAUCGAACUAAGGAGAAGGGAAUGGUGGUGAAGAAUUGGGUAGAACAAGUGGAGGUUCUGAGUCAUGACUCGGUAGGCGGGUUUGUGAGUCACUGCGGUUGGAACUCGGUGCUGGAAGCAGUGUGUGCUGGCGUUCCAAUGGUGGCGUGGCCUCUCUACGCGGAACAGAGGUUUAACAGAGUGGUGUUGGUUGAAGAAAUUAAGAUUGCUCUGCCUAUGAAUGAGUCUGAAGAUGGGUUUGUAAGCUCUGAUGAAGUGGAGAAGCGAGUUAAUGAGUUGAUGAACUCAGAAAGAGGUAACUCGGUCCGGAGUAGAGUGGUGAGAAUGAAGAAUGAAGCCAAAGCAGCUAUGGCAAAUGGCGGGUCGUCUCAAGUUGCUUUGACUAAACUCACAGAGUCAUGGAAUUGAUUACCAGCUUUUGAUUAAACAUGAAUAUUAUUGAUUAGUUAUUUAACUACUACUUUUCUGGAGUGAAGUGCUAAGGAGAUUUUUUAUUUUUUUGUCUUUUUUUUUUUUUUUUAAAUUGAGUGAAAUAUGUAAUGUUUUAAGCUAUAUUAUUGUACCCGUUUACUUUUUUAUCUGGGAAAUAAAUAUUUAAGUGCAAAA